UGCAUGAGCAGUUUCUGACAACGCCUGGCAUUGGAACCCAUACGCAGCGUCCCAGAGCGCCCCAUGUGACAUCAGGCUUAGCUGCGAACCAGCGUCGCUGCUCCUGCCUGGGUGGUUCGCGCAAUGUGCCUUAAUUCUCCUCUGAAAGCACAAGUCUUGUCCUGUAGGAACAAGGGCCCCGGCACGGCAAAGUCUUGCAUUGCUGCGCACUCCGUUGGCUGCUGAUACAGAGAUCUCUGCAUUAUCAAAGGCAUCAAUCUCUUUAGGUACUGUGAAAUCAUCUGUUCCAGCUCAAUUGCACUGGGCUUCAAACAUCAUGGCACAGUCCAUUGUGAGUGUGCCGCUGCAUCGAGUAGUGACGUCGGCACCAGACUGCAGCUGUCUUGACAUUGACGCAAAAGCCAAAAGGGAUCCAGCGCCUCGAUCUUCAUCACGGUGUCUGCAAUUGCCUGUGGGGAGAGCGCAUGCUAUGCAAGGCAACUCAAGAACACCAGCAAGAAGCAGCCAGCCUCUCCUCCACCCCUCCAUUCAAGAGUCCACUUUCUUUCCAAGGCUGGGCUCCAUAGACAGGAGUCCAGCUUAUCUACCUUCGGUACAGUCACACAGGGGGCGCCAAUCCAUAAGAGCCCAAAGCGCAGAGCAAGCUGCAGUCCCCCAGCCUGCUCCGCCAGCCAAAAGUUUUCAUUGGACAGAUAUCACCAGGAAUGCCAGUCAAUACAUGCCUCAAGCCAUUGUGAUAAGCACGGCCCUGGGGCUGUUCUACCCACCCUCCUUUACGUGGUUCACAAACAAGUACUACCCCUCCGCUCUGGGCUUCCUAAUGUUCGCCGUCGGCAUCAACCUCUCCCUCGACGACUUCAAGCACGCGUUCCAGCGGCCGGCCGUCCUGGCCCUGGGCUACUUUGGGCAGUUCGUGCUGAAGCCGCUCUUUGGCUACGCGCUCGCGCACUCGCUCGUACCGCUGCUCGGACUCCCGGACGCAAUCGGUUCGGGCCUCAUCCUCGUUGCCUGCGUGAGCGGCGCGCAGCUCUCCAACUACGCCUCCUUUUUAGUGGACAAGCAAAUGGCGCCGCUUAGUAUCGUCAUGACCGCCCUCUCAACCGCCAGCGCAGCCUUGAUUACCCCGACGCUAACCCACGCUAUGCUCGGGCAGCGGUUACCGGUGGACGUGAAAGGGAUGAUGAUUAGUAUACUGCAGUGUGUGGUCGCGCCUGUGGCCGCCGGCCUGGCUCUGAACAGAUUCGCCCGUUCUGUCACCUCUGCGAUCCGCCCCGUCCUCCCACUCCUCUCGUUGCUCGACACGUGUUGCUGCAUUGGCAGCCCGCUCGCGCUCAACGCCGGCGCGCUCCGGUCGCCGUUUGGGCUUGUCAUUCUUCUUCCCGUCCUAGCUUUUCACACGGUGGCCUUUAUUGGCGGGUACUAUUCCGCCGUCGGCGCGUUUCCGCGGAUAGAGGACCGGCGGAACGUCGCCCGAACCAUGUCCUUUGAAGUCGGCAUGCAGAGUAGUCUCCUCGCUUUGGCGUUGGCCAACCGGUUCUUCCCGAACCCCCUCGUCGCACUGCCGUGCGCCAUCUCGGUGAUUGCGAUGUCUUUGAUGGGAUUCGGACUGGUGGUUGUGUGGACACAUCCCCGAAAGCACACCAACUCGCACUGAAGUACCGCGCUAGAGGCACAUACUCUUCUUGAUGUUUAGAGCCGCUGUUUCGAAAAGUAGUGAAGCCAGUGACCUGAUGAGUUUGGAUUGCUUCAAAAGUGGAACAGGUCGAACUAGGUCACGGUCUGAAGUUAAUCAAGAAAACAAGGCACACUUCAGGCAAAGAAUUCAGAUGAUCCUAUAGAACGGUCCGAUACCAAGGCAGCUGGGCACAAAAUACAGGCCUUCUGAUCGGAGAUAGUGUAAAUAACAGUGCAAUUACUGAGCUAAUGUAUCGGAUUAUGGGUAACAAACAUAUGGUUAUAACUGCUUGCCUCCAAAAGCGCUUGAGAGGUAAUGGCUUAAGGCAUGCGACUUUCAGUUUUAAUGACGCAGUAUUUUGAUAUUCCAACGGCGGGUAACAAGCAGUUUGAACGCACCGAACGCGAAUAGACGGG